GUGACCUGUGCUGUAGGGGGCGUUCCUGUGGAAAAAAGCAGACUCACUCACAGGCGAUGUGCGAUAUAAAAGAGCCGGACUCGGUGUCUGUUUCCUCAGAUCUGACUUACAAGACUCCGCAGAUAGGAGAAACAGAGAAAAGUCGAGAAACCCCCCCACCCCCAGAGAACCAGAAGAAAGUAUGUACUCCCGCUCAGACAGCGUCACCAUGACGGUGCACCACGAGAGAUUCGCCUUCACCGAGUUGGCUCCACGCAGCACGGAGCCGGAGGUCUUCACCUUCGAGCGCAUCCCGGCUGCCGCCACGGCCGUGCGCUCCUACGUGCCGAUACGGCCGAAGAAGCGCUGCACGCGGGUCAUGUACCCGGCCAAGGUCCGCAUGCACCUCCCGCCUCCCGAGAAGAGCCAGGCCAAGCGAUGGCUGAUGGUUCUGUGUCUGGUGGUGCUGUGGCAGAUCUACACCGAGGAGCCGUGCGCCGAGGCUCAGCUGAGUGGCCCCGACGCGUCGAUCGGCGAGUUCCACGGUUUCCGCCGCUUCCAGUCCGCGGAAGAACAAGCACGGCAGCUGACGCGGGACGCAGCCUCGGAGAGCGGCUGUGAGGGCGCGUCCGACGACCACCAGACCGUCCCGAUCACCGCCUGUUCCAGACCGGGGCAGGAGGGGGAGGAGAGCAGCCUGACCUUUGAGCAGAACGCCGGGAAGAGCUGCAUGGUAGCCUUGUUGGUGUACCACAAACUGGGCAGCGAGAAUUAAACUCGUGGGACUCACAGCGGUCUGAGGUCUUAGGAUCAGCGGUGAACCGGUUUCUGGUCUCCGGAAAGAAGCGCCAGUGCGCGGUGCGCAGAAGCGAAGCGACGCGCAGAACAGGGCUCCAUCCGCAGGCGUCACCAUUCCAACGGUGUCCCCCGACAGCACUGGUGGAUGGAUGCCUGUAGAACUUGGGUAUGACAAGACAAGACAAGAAAAGAAGAAAAAAAGACGGACAGAAAGAUGGCGGAAAAACGAAGAAAGAAAUUAAACAAACAAACUGUGAACUCUCAGCUAUUGAAUUUUAAACUUGAACUUAAAAAAAAACAAAACAAACUUGAAUUUUCAACUGCACUUUCAUGC